AUGAUGAUCAAGGCCUGCGAACUCAAUAUGACCAAUGGCGAACAUCCGGCAUCAGACUACCUCACUUGGGAAAACCGCGAUCAGUUUGACAGUAUCGCUAAACUUGCGUACCGAUCGGUGCUCAUUAUAGAGCCAGAUGAUUCGGUGUACGGCAGAACGGGAGCGGAUGCCAAGCAUCCGUUUUAUGCUUACAUGCUAAAUCGUUCCCGAGUUGAAUACAACUAUAGAUAUACGUACGGACCUUUUGAACCGUUCGCACCUCACAUGGCGGCUACGUAUAAUUCGAUGCUCAUGCUGGCUGAGGUAGUAGAAGAACUGCGCACGUCUGGCUUAGAAAAAAUAUGGCAGUCUGGGAAACAGUUGGCUAAAUUGUUCAUGAAUCGGACCUUUGUAAAUGACUUGGGCGAAAUAUAUAUGGACCCAACGGGACAGCGCGAGCCUACAAUUAAUAUUAACCAGUUGGACUGGAAUACGUCCCAGAUCAGAACUGUGCUUGUUCAAAGAGCCGGUAGCUCGAAGUUGGAAAUCGCUCAAAAACUGCAAUGGCCCGGCGUUUGGCCACCUGUUACCGAACCGAAAUGUGGAUUCCGAGGGGACGCUUCUGUUUGUAAUUCACAAGACAACAUGAGCACGAUUGCCGUUUCCGUCACAACCGUAGUGCUUGUGGUGGUCAGCCUUAUGACUCUGCUUAGAGGCUAUGUCAAAUACGGGAGCCUGCUUUUGGAGUUUUCAUGGGAAAUUCCAUCCGAUCAGUUGCAACCGAAUGAAAAUUCAUCGAAAAAGCAAGAUAAAGUGUUGUUAUACACCAAAGAGCUGCGCAUGGUGUACCUCGUUCCAUUGGAAAAAAGGCCGUCAGUAAUACUGGCCAGUAAGCAGCAUUCUCAUCAGGUACAGUUCAGUGAGCCGGGACUCAGGAUUCUCAGAGAGGUCAUGAAGGUGGAUCAUCCCAAUAUAAAUCGCCUAAAUGGAAUAACAAUAAUGCAGAUGUCCGGAUAUUUUGUUUCGGAUUACUGCACCCGUGGUUCCCUGCCAGCUUUGUUAAACAAGAUGACCUUGGAUGCUAAUUUCCAAGCCAGUUUGAUGCUCGAUGUUCUAAAGGGGUUACGUGCUGUGCAUCGGUCUGUUUUAAAGUGCCACGGAAAUCUCAGCGCUUACUCCUGCUUGAUUGAUAGGAAUUUCACUCUUAAGCUAGGCAAAGUUGGAUUCGCACAAAUACGCCUCCAACAUGUUCAUGACAUUUCGCAAAAAGGGACUCAAAAUGAGAAAGGAAAGCAAGCAUUCGCCUCUGGAGCGAAAAAAGACGUGCGGGACAUAGCCCAUAUAAUGCUUCAGAUCAUUUUUCAAGACAACGCCAAGGAAUGCGUAUUAAAUUCAGAGCCGGUAAACGAUUUCACGGCGCAAAGAGCAGGCGCGUUGACAGGACCAUUUGCCAAUCUUCUGCCAUUACUAAUUUCCUGCCAAAGCAUAGACAUGUCCAACCUUCCAGACAUCGAUCAACUGCUGAAGAAUGUCCAACCUGCGUUACGUCCGUUCACCAAAGCAGCAUCUCUAGCAGAACAAAUCCUUGGUCGCCUUGCAACGUACACCGAUGAAUUAGACUACCAAGUAGCGCAGCGUACUAUUGACCUCAUGGAGGAGCGAAAGCGCUGUGACAAUUUACUAUGGGCUAUGUUGCCAAGUGACGUUGUCAACGACCUUCGAAAAGGGCACACACCAGAAGCGGAAUAUUACCUAUCCACAUCGAUCAUGUUUGUAGAAGUUUCUGGAUUUGGUAUUCUCCUUGGCCAAAUUACACCCGAAGAAGCAAUGGUAUUUUUGAACGAGGUUUUUUCCAAAUUUGAUGGACUUCUUAACAACCAUGACGUGUACAAAGUGGAAACCAUCAAGGAAUCAUAUCUAGUUGCAAGCGGUGUACCAAGGCGAAAUGAAAGUCGCCAUGUUUAUGAAGUGUGUCGCUUGGCCGCUUCUAUGGUGAACGCCUAUUUGGCGACCUUUGCGCUGCGCUUUAACGGAACGACAACACUGCGAGCUGGAAUACACAGUGGAGCUGUUGCCGCCGGGGCUGUUGCCGCCGGAGCUGUUGUCGUCGGCCGCAAAGCGCCUCGUUACUUUUUGUUUGGUGACACUAUCAACACAGCCAGCAGAAUGAUGAGCACCGGCGCGGAUGGUAGAAUCCACAUUAGCCAUAGCACAGCGGACCAACUGAAAGAUUAUUCUGAAUUUGUAGCAGAGCCACGAGGUGUCAUCGAAGUUAAGGGCAAAGGAAUGCUGCCGACGUAUUGGCUCUGUACUGUAACAACUGCUAACUGUUCAACCUGAAACGUUUCCGAUGUUUAUACGUUACUUGUACAUAACUCAUGGUGUCUGUGCAUACGGUCAUCGCCACCACAUGACCAUUAAUUAACGGCAUUUUGUUUACCAAAUGUAGUGUGAAUUUUGGAUUUGAUAAUGCUGGUGACAGUUCCCGUGCGAAUC